AUGACUCGGUGGAGUGGCAGCGAAGACUAUCAGCCUAGCAUCGACUUCGGUAUUCGAACAAGGGCCAAGGUUUCAAGUCCUGCGAGUUCCGACAAGCAUUCGUUCCAGCCUCCGCAUUGUGUGGCACAGAGCGACAGUGCCUGCGCCUGCGUGCUUCCUGCCGUCAUCACGCAGUUCCUCCUGCUCACCGAUAAAUGGUUGAACGGCAUGCAGCGGCCUCUAGCAUCCGACCGUCCACGCAGAUCCGAUCUGGAGAAGUAG